CAAUGCAUCCGCUGUGCCAAUUAGCCAGGGGGCUAGAUAACGAAUUAUAACUAUUAAGAAUAAAUCAAACUCUUACACAGGAGUUUAAAAUGUCGUUUUACAUCUAUAGAAGACAUUAAGGUCCAGCUCGUCCAGUGUCGUGAUGGACUUCAACAGGACCGUUCUGGUGACUGGAGGCUCUGGAUUCAUCGGCUCUCAUCUUGUGUGCUCACUGGUCAAAAGACACCCCGACUGGAGGAUUAUCAAUCUGGAUAAUUUGGAUUACUGCUGCAGCCCCAGGAGUCUGGAGAGUGUUGAAGACAGAGCAAACUACACCUUUAUCAGGGGGGAUGUGUGCAACUCUCGGCUGGUAAACCACAUCUUCAACACAGAAAACAUCGAUGUGAUUUUCCACCUGGCAGCUAAAACGCACGUCGAGGCAUCGUUUGAAACUCCGUCUACUUUCCAGCGGGUUAACAUCGAUGGAACCAAAAUUUUGCUUGGAGCCGCACAUCAGGCCCAACACCAGCCACAACGCUUCAUCUACGUCAGCACUGAUGAAGUGUAUGGAGCCAGUCUGGAUGAGGUGUUUGAUGAGAGCAGCCCAAUGAGGCCGUCCAACCCGUACUCUGCCACUAAAGCAGCUGCAGAGUACCUGGUCAGAUCCUACUGGGACAAAUAUAAGUUUCCCAUCAAUAUCACAAGGAGCAACAACAUUUACGGGCCCAGGCAGUACACUGAGAAGGUCAUUCCAAGGUUUCUCACCCUCUUGCAAAUGAACAAGAAAUGUACCAUCCAGGGAACCCUCCCUAAAUCCCGCCAUUUCUUGUUUGUCGAUGACGCCGUCAACGCCUUCCUGCUGGUUCUGAAGAAGGGGGUUGUGGGAGAAAUCUACAAUGUGGGCACAAACUGCGAGAUUCCCAUCAUUCAGCUGGCCAGGGAACUUAUUAAGAUGGUCAAGAAUGUGCCAGACUCUGAAUUAAAUGAUUGGCUUGAAUUUGUACCUGACAGGCCGCGGGUUGACCUCCGCUACCCCGUCAGAAGUGAAAAGCUGCAGCAGCUGGGAUGGAGAGCUGAAGUGUCUUGGGCUGAAGGCAUCAGACAGACUGUCAAAUGGUACCAAGACAACCCACACUUCUGGUCUGAUGAGGACCAAGGACCAAUCAGAAACAAGUUGGAAAGUGCUGCCAACAAAUGCAUGACGUCAGCAUAGCCCUGCUGCUUGACUGACAGGAAGAAGAAUGAACUGAAGACACAGAGCUUUGACCUUUUCAUAUAAACACAUGAGGUUUGUGUAGCACAGAGGCUAUUACAGCCCAAAUAACAAAUACUGAACAUAUGUCUGUCUGUCUGUGUUAAAUGAUUAAUGGACCAGCAGGCCCUGAAGUGCCAGCCAACAGGAAGGCAGAGCCUUUCUUUCAACCAAAGCAAUGUGAAGAAAAUCAGCAUCACACCUGGAAAUAAAUGCACUUUAUCUUAGUGUUGAUUACUGAUUCAGAUGAGAUUAUUAACAAGUAGUCUUAAUUUUCUCUGAAACAUACUCUGUAGAAUGUAGAAACUUGAAAGUGCCAUUAAACAAUUGACCAGUACAAGCAAUAGAUUGUAGGACCUCUAAACUUUGGGAUUUGUCGUCCACAUUUGGAGCUCUGAGCUAGGAGCAGCUAGUCUGUGUUCCAAGACAAGAAAUUGGUCAAACAGAAGCAAAAAUCAAAGACAUCAUUCCUGAAUUGUCAAACUGCAUCACUGAGCUUUAAAACAUGAAGCAUUUUGACUCUGCAGAACUCCAAAUGUGCACGUUCACGUACUUCCCAGACAGUUUGUUUCAGGCUUUAGGAGAAAAUAGAGUAGUAACUUUAAUCUCAUUUCUAUCGCUGCAUUUCCUUCCAAGCUCAAAGUCAGCAGGAAGUUUCUGAAUGUUAUAGUGUUUUGACUUUUUACAACAAGCAUUUUGAUUUACCUUAACAAUGUUGUAGCAUCUCCUAAUAACAAAAGGAUGAGUAGAAGGGCAUCUCAGUUUUUUAAAUGUUUUUCAAUCAUGCUGUAAAAUGUAUUUAACUGCAAAU